CGCACGCUUUCCUUCCGCGGGCUUGUGAAACGACGCUUGGACGAUAAACCGUGUCGGCUUUUCGAAAAUACAGACAAAAUGAGCAAAGCGCAUCCACCGGAGCUGAAGAAGUUCAUGGACAAGAAGCUUUCACUGAAGCUGAAUGGAGGCAGACACGUGCAGGGCAUCCUGCGCGGCUUCGACCCCUUCAUGAACCUGGUCGUGGAUGACUCUCUGGAGAUGGGCCCAGGAGGACAGCAGAACAGCAUCGGCAUGGUGGUCAUCAGGGGAAACAGCAUCAUCAUGUUGGAGGCCUUGGAGAGAGUAUGAGAGGAGGCGGCUGCAGAUGAAGAGGAGAACGAUCCACACCUUUUUUUAUUACAUUCUGUUUUCUCUUUUAGUUACUUCUGUGUUUGAAAGAGGCAAAUCAGUUGUGUGUUUUUGUAACAUGUCUGCCUGGUUUCCAUUGAAAAAGAUGUUUUGUUUGGAUAUAUUUUGAUCUUGUGAAUAAAUCUGUUUUUCUUUGUA